CGGGCCGAGGUGGCUCCGGGGCGGGCGCGCAGAGUUGGCGAGCUGAUCUGGCGGAGGCGGCGCCGACUCGCGCGCGGAGGAAGGCAGUCGGUUCGGCGGCGCCGGCGGAAAUCAAGAGUCCGGGCGGGAGGCCCGACAGUGGGAGGCGGCAUGUCGGUGGCGGGGCUGAAGAAGCAGUUCUACAAGGCGAGCCAGCUGGUCAGCGAGAAGGUUGGCGGGGCUGAGGGGACCAAGCUGGAUGAUGACUUCAAAGAGAUGGAAAAGAAGGUGGAUGUUACCAGCAAGGCCGUCGCGGAGGUGCUGGUCAGAACCAUCGAAUACCUGCAGCCCAACCCAGCCUCGCGGGCCAAGCUCACUAUGCUGAACACCGUAUCCAAGAUCCGGGGCCAAGUGAAGAAUCCUGGCUACCCACAGUCAGAGGGUCUGCUGGGCGAGUGCAUGGUCCGCCACGGCAAGGAGCUGGGCGGAGAGUCCAACUUCGGGGACGCCCUGCUAGAUGCAGGCGAGUCCAUGAAACGCCUGGCCGAGGUGAAGGACUCACUGGACAUCGAGGUCAAGCAGAACUUCAUUGACCCGCUGCAGAACCUGUGUGACAAGGACCUGAAGGAGAUCCAGCAUCACCUGAAGAAGCUGGAGGGCCGCCGCCUGGACUUCGACUACAAGAAGAAGCGGCAGGGCAAGAUCCCCGACGAGGAGCUGCGCCAGGCCCUGGAGAAGUUCGAGGAGUCCAAGGAGGUGGCAGAGACCAGCAUGCACAACCUCCUGGAGACUGAUAUCGAGCAGGUGAGCCAGCUCUCGGCCCUGGUUGAUGCCCAGCUGGACUACCACCGGCAGGCCGUGCAGAUCCUAGAGGAGCUGGCCGACAAGUUGAAGCGCCGUGUUCGGGAGGCCUCCUCAAGGCCCAGGCGGGAGUUCAAGCCCCGGCCUCGGGAGCCCUUUGACCUUGGAGAGCCGGAGCAGCCCAACGGGGGAUUUUCCUGCACUCCAGCACCCAAGAUCACAGCUUCCUCGUCUUUCAGAUCAGCAGAGAAGCCCGCUAGGACGCCCAGCAGGAGUGUGCACACCUCUACCACACUCCUAGCGCCCCUGGACCAGCCAAGCUGCAAGGCACUGUAUGACUUUGAGCCGGAGAAUGAUGGCGAGCUGGGCUUCCGCGAGGGCGACCUCAUCACGCUCACCAACCAGAUCGACGAGAACUGGUACGAGGGGAUGCUGCAUGGCCAGUCCGGCUUCUUCCCGCUCAGCUACGUGCAGGUGCUGGUGCCCCUGCCUCAGUGACCGCACCUGCACCCUGGCUGCCGGUCACAGUGCGGCGGCGGCCCAACGCCAAGGUGCUCUAGAAACACUAACGUUCCCACAGGGGGGGACCCU